AGGUUUUAUAUACACCGAUAAAAUGCCGCGCCACAAGCCCACCCUCACAAUUGAUGUGGUCGGGAACUUGGAUCUCCGUCCCGAGCACUCCGUGGGCGACUACCGCCUCUCGCGCCAGCAGGACCAGUACUUUGUAAAGCCUCCCAACUGGGACUCGGCUGGAGACUCGAUUGAGAUAAUCUACAUCGAAAAUCUUCGCGAGAACAAUGCGAUGAAGGCGCUGCAGAAGCAAUUGCUGCAGGAUGCAAAGCGCCAGUCCCUGGUCAACAGCCAGCGUACUCGGAAGAUGUACAAGAUGCAGGAGCGCUUGCGCAAGCGGUUCAUCGAGGUGAACAGCUUCAUCAAGGACUGUGUGGAAAAGAAGCGGGUGGCGGACAAGAUUAUUCAUGAGCAGAAGGCCCUGCAUGUAGAGCUGAACAAGGGAAUCCAUCGCUUCAAGAGCUCCCUGUCCGAACUGGAGGUCUUCCGCACUGAUCUUAAAGACACGGUUGCCGAGUUUCAGCCAUACGAGCGCGUCCUUAACGAUGUGGUGAAAGUUUCCGAUAUCUUUGAGUCACCCAAGGACUGCAUCGAUCGCUGCGACGCAUUGAUGCUUGCCCAGGUAGAAAUCAGCCAGCUGCAGUUGCAGAAGCUGGAGGAAAUCGAGAAUAUGCGGAACCGGAUGCUCCUGAUGACCAACGAGGCGGCCCUUACUGUGCUGGGCCUCAAGAACGAUCUGGGCAGGAUGGAGCGCUCGUACAGCCAGGCGCGUCAAACGUGCCUCAAGUGGGAGAAGAUUCUGACCUCCUGUAAGGACGUCAUCGCCAAUAACAAUCUGGACAAGGAAUGUUCCAUGGAAUGCAUCUUAACACUGUAUAAGAUGAUAUGCAAGCGGCGCGGCAUAAAGCCCAGUCUACGAAGUUAUGAAAUGCCCCUUAUCCUAGACUUUAUCAAAUAUGAGGUUGAUCUCUGGAACGAUGUUCUUCGGGAGAUGGACACCUCGUCUAAGGCCGGCAAGAGCCCUUUGUGUUAGCGGAGUGGUAAUUAGUGUUCGGUUGGUUACAUUCAUGAAUUGUUCUGUUAGUUACCGAAGAAUUCUAUUAAUAAAAACAUUAUUGAUUUGACUA